UCAAAAGUCCCGUUCAUAUUAUUUAUUGUCAAGUUUUGUUUGUACAAUUGUCAUUGUAAAUUCAAUCAUACUCAAGUUAACAAUAAUAAUAAAUCAGUGACAAUGACCAUGAACUUGGCUAUUACCUUUGUAUUCAUUUUAUGUAUCAUCUAUUCCAUCGCUAAUGAUGUUGAUGAUACUGUCAUUAUUGAAGUUUCAAGUUUAGAUUCUCGUGCUGAGAGUCCUCGUCAUCUUCAUUGGACAGAGAAAAAAGCUCCCAAAGGAGUUUGUUUAACAUCAAAAGGUGAAGUUGGUCAUUGUACAACAUUCAAAGAAUGUUAUCCAUACUUUAAGAUACCUGACCUAGGUGCUCUUGAUGGUUGGGUACUAGGGGUCUAUGAUACUUGUAGUUAUACUAAAGAUGAUCAACGGAUUGGUUAUGGGAUAUGUUGUUCAGGUUCUCAAUCAACAACAGUCAAGCCUGGAACUAAUAGACCCAUCAUAGAAGAUACUCAGGAUGAAGAAGUAAUCACAAAUGAACAUUCAAGACCUCCUCUAGGCUUUAAACCAUCAAUUCCACUAGGAUCUUGGCCACCUCCUAUACCUACACACCCUCCUGAUCACACAAUCCCACCUCUCCCAACACACCCAUCAUCACAAUCACCUCACUUGUCAUCAACUCCAUUCUCAAAACCUCCAACAAACCGUCCAACAUCCUCCACCAGCAGGAAACCAAGCUCCACAACCUGGCCGACGAAAAAACCUGGAUGGUGGCCGGGUGCUACAACAAGUAAACCCACCACCACCACCAUCACUAGCACUCCAGUGGUCAGUUCUCCUGAGUGUGGUGCUAAAAAUGGUGAUCAAGAGCAAGAUAAAAGAAUUGUCGGUGGUCAUAAUGCUGAACCUGGUGAGUGGCCGUGGAUUGCAGCACUUUUUAAUGCUGGAAGACAAGUCUGUGGAGGUUCAUUGAUCAGUGAUAGACAUAUAUUAACAGCUGCUCAUUGUGUUGCUCACAUGAAUUCAUGGGACGUAGCAAGAUUAACUGUAAGACUAGGUGAUUAUAACAUCAAAACCCCCACGGAAAUUCGUCACAUUGAACGACGAGUCAAACGAGUAGUGAGACAUAAAGGUUUUGAUGCAAGAACUCUAUACAACGAUGUUGCUCUACUCACUUUAAGUGAACCUGUUGAAUUUUCCGAACUCAUCAGACCAAUUUGUCUUCCAACUGGAUCUCAAUUGUACAACGGAAAAGUAGCUACUGUCAUCGGAUGGGGAUCAUUAAGAGAAAGUGGACCUCAGCCUGCAGUUCUCCAAGAAGUGGCUAUUCCAGUCUGGUCUAACACAGAAUGUAAACAAAAGUAUGGAGCAGCAGCACCUGGAGGAAUUGUCGAUAGCUUUUUGUGUGCUGGAAGAGCAACUAAAGACUCUUGCUCAGGUGACAGUGGAGGCCCACUGAUGGUAAAUGAUGGCCGAUGGACUCAAGUGGGUAUCGUAAGUUGGGGUAUCGGUUGUGGAAAAGGACAAUAUCCUGGUGUUUAUACACGUGUCACUCAUUUCCUUCCUUGGAUUCAAAAGAAUCUCAAGUAUUAAUUAAUAAAAGAAAAAGACUAUAAUAUUGUUUAUUCAAGAUCGAAUUAUCAAGACUGGGCAUUGAAUGUUUUUUUAUCUUCAAUGAAAUGAAUGAAAUAAAUUUUUUCCAAUACUUGGUACGUUUA